UCAGGUGCCCAUUUAAAGAGAAGAGGUUAGAAGGGAUGACGCCGGGACUGAAGCCCAAGGAGGCGGGUUCGCGGCAGCUGUUCCUAAGCCAAAGCGAGAAGACCUUACUGCGCACGCGCAGUAGACAGCCGAAGGAGCCACCGAUGGAGCCGUCCGGAGGGGAGCAAGAGCCGGGAGCCGUCAGGCUCCUGGACCUGCCUUGGGAAGACGUGCUGCUCCCACACGUCCUGAGCCGGGUUCCGCUGUGCCAGCUGCUUCGGCUGCAGCGCGUCAGCCGCGCCUUUCGGGCCCUAGUGCAGCUGCACCUGGCGGGGCUGCGCCGCUUCGACGCUGCUCAGGUGGGUCCGCAGAUCCCGCGGGCCGCUUUGGCCUGGCUGCUGCGGGACGCCGAGAGGCUGCAGGAGCUGGCGCUGGCGCCGUGUCACGAAUGGUUGUCGGACGAGGAUCUGGUGCCGGUGCUGGCGCGGAAUCCGCAGCUGCGGAGUGUGGCGCUGGCCGGCUGCGGGCAAUUGAGCCGCCGCACGCUGGGGGCGCUGGCCGAGGGCUGCCCCCGGCUGCAGCGCCUAUCGCUGGCGCAUUGUGACUGGGUAGACGGGCUGGCACUGCGCGGGCUCGCCGACCGCUGUCCGGCCCUUGAAGAGCUGGACCUCACCGCCUGCCGUCAGCUCAAGGAUGAGGCCAUCGUGUACCUGGCACAGAGGCGCGGUGCAGGGCUCCGAAGCCUCUCUCUGGCGGUCAACGCCAAUGUGGGGGACACUGCCGUCCAGGAGUUGGCUCGAAACUGCCCAGAACUCGAGCACCUCGACCUGACGGGCUGCCUCCGCGUUGGAAGCGACGGUGUCAGGACUUUGGCGGAAUACUGCCCUGCGCUGCGCUCACUUCGAGUGCGGCACUGCCACCAUGUGGCUGAGCCCAGCCUGAGCCGCUUGCGGAAGCGCGGCGUGGACAUCGACGUGGAACCCCCGCUGCAUCAGGCUCUGGUGCUGCUGCAGGACAUGGCAGGCUUUGCACCCUUUGUCAACCUGCAGGUCUGACCCUCCCACUGAUGAAGCACAGCUGGACUGUGUGUCCGGGCCUGACUAUGAACUGUAGGAAACUGGACUGUGUGGGCCUCUGCUGAGAGGCCAAUGCCCUACCCCACCCCGGAGCUUCAAAUAAAGAGCUUUCU